GUCGGGAAGCGGAAGUGGCCGCCGGGCGUCGCGGCGGCAGAUUCGAUCUGCGCCAUUCGCGUCCGGGAGUGUCCACGGGGUCCGGCCGCGCUCCCAGGGAACGGCGGCGGUCCCGCCGCGCGGGGCAACCAUCCCAGGACGCACAGUCCCGUGUGCAAGUGGCGUCUGCGCUAAGUGUGUCGCAGCUGGCACAGAUGUACUUUUAAACUUUCAUUUCAUAAUCUGAAAGAAGAAUAGCAUUUGGAAUAAUGGCAACGGGAGACCUAAAUGGAAGUUUAAGAAAAAUAGAGCAAGGACUUCGCUUGUUAAAUUAUCCAAGAGAUGUGGAUUAUACAAUGUUAGUUAAGGGUGAUCCAGCUGCAUUUCUACCUAUCAUCAGCUAUUGUUUUACAUCUUUUUCAACUUGCAUAGCAGAGCUUUUGGUAAAGUGUGAUGUGGAACUGACAGCAAAGAGUGACUUGCGUUUUAUUGAAGCUGUUUAUAAGUUUCUUCGAGAUCAAUUUCAGUAUAAACCAAUUUUAACAAAAGAGCAGUUUCUUCAGUGUGGCUUUGCCGAAAGAAAAAUGCAAAUCGUUUGUGACAUUAUCAACAGUGUGGUGAAGAAACAUAAGGAAUUGAGUAACUCUAGUAAGGUUAAAUGCCAAACAAGGAAAAAACUCAGACCUUUCAAAUUUGAAGUAUGGUCAAAUUGUGGUAAAGCUCUUGCUGAUCCUAGUGGCAGUGCUUUGAAUUCCAAACAGAAGCCUCUAGUUGAACGGCACUCAGGAAAUGAAGCUUUUGGUGACCUUCAUCCACUACCCCUUCCAGCACAGGGAGGGAAGGAGGAAGAAUUAUGCAUAGAUCAUGAUAUUGUGGAAGUUAAAUGUGAACAAGUCAUAGAAGAUAACUCACAAAUUGAGUUUUUAAAGAGUCAGCUUGCAGAUUUCCAGGAAAAGCUUCAUAAGCUAGAUUGGAUGGAAGAUAAGCUACAAGUUUUAGAAGAGAAACUGCAAGGAAAGGUGAUCAUAGAUGAGAAGGACUGGAAUAACUUAUUGAAUCGAGUUUUGCUUCUUGAAACAGAACUGCUGUUACAAUCCAAAAAGAGAGACUUACCUAAAGAGUUCUGCAAUACAAGACAAGAAAGUACUUCUAGUGGCCUUCCAGUUUCUCUUGAGAGGAAUGAAGAGAUGCCAGAGAGCCAUCUUCAGUCGUCUGGAUGCAGUUCACUGUUAUCCACAGACCCAUCUCCCAAAGACAUGACCCUAAAUUCUCAUGAUCUGUCAGACAUUUCAGAGGAGACAAUAAGACAAAGAAUGGAAAAGAUAAGUAAAAUAAUAGAAGAAACCUUCACAUUGUUCAAAGCAUCAAGCCCACYUCUGAGAAUACCUGAAAACAUAGAGACCUAGUCUCUGCAGACUUGUGGAUACCAGAAGUAAUAUAUAUAUUUGUACAGCAUUAAAUUUUUAAUAUAUCAAAUCUGUAACAAUCACCAGUGCUUUUAUUGCUUUGAAUAAAUAUUUUUCUCAUGCAUCUGUAUAUUGAUUUCCCUCCCCACGACCAGAAUUUUUAAAGACUGUUAAAUAGCUUCUUCUCCCUCCUUGCACUUUUGUAAAUUGAAGUCAUUGCAGCAGAGUAAUCUUGUGUUGACAUUUGUUAGCAGCAUGCUAAGUAAUAUGUUUUUUAAAGUGCGGGCUUGAGGACCGUGGUUUACGUGGUGGAAGCAUUCCAGCUGGAACUUGCAUAUUACACCCAAGAGGCAUUGUUACAUACCAUCUUACCAUCUGUACUGUUGAAUAAGUCUUAAUUAAAAACUUACAUACACAGUUUCAAAUAUGUAUCUUUUUUGCUGUUUUUUUUAUUUUUAAAUAUAAAUUUUCAUGCUGAGCUGGAGAGCACCAGCACUUUAUGGCUUCCAUUAACACUGACAAAGUGAGGGCCAGUUUGAUCCUAAAUGCUAAAAUGUGCAAGGAAGUCCACAGACUUUGACUGCAAGAGAUGUGUUGAGUGUUUUAGUGCUCUUGCCCAACACAUUUUAAGAGCAGCAGCACAGAUGGAGACCAGCCAGUGUAGAAAGAAACACAACAUUUUCAUUAUUUGAAGCCAUAUUAAGAUUUCUGUUCAGAGGCAUAAGUAGAUGUAAGACCUCCAUAAACAUAUGAUAAACCAAAGAUGUGUGAGGCUUGAUAAAAUUUAUUUAUUUGUUUAUUACUCUUUGUAAAUUGGUACCCUAUCAUAUCAAGGUUGUGUUUUAAUAUUUCACUUAAAAAGAUUUUUGGAGUUUAAUACUACAAAGCAAUCAGAAGUUUUUGGGAGCAGAGUUUGCAGAUGAAAGCAAAAGCAGUUUGACAUGCUGUAAAAAGUGAUUUAUGUGUUUCAAAAAUAACUAUGAUUUUUUUUCUAUAACCAUAUGGAAUAUAAGUGGACUUCAUAUUACAUACAAACAGAAAAACUUAGAGUGGUCUAUUAUGUUAUAUGAAUUAGUUCAGGGGUUUUUUGACUUCUGCAACAGGACUUACUUUUUCAGUUAUUUAAAAGAAACUAAAAAAAUGGAAAAUUACAUGGUUGGAAUGUGUUUUGCUCUUUAAUUCAAAAUAGGCCUUGCAAAUCACUUCUCAUUAUUCUAACAAUGAAAUGAAAUGAGGUUUUCUUUGAAAUGUUAGAGAAAUUCAUGUCUUAACAGGACUGCAGCACCAUCUUGUGGAAAUCUUCAUAAGAAGUCAUCAAAGAAAUAAAAAUUAAUAUUCCUGUCUGCUUUAAGAUGCUAUGGUCAAAUAUUUUUAAUUAUCKCUCUCUUAUUUUUCCUCUUUGCCUUGGAGUCAAAGAGGCUUUUAUGUAAAAGACAGUAAGACAUUUGUUCUCUAUGAUAUUUGAUAAUGUUUGUGUCAGGAGCCCGAGGAAUUAAUCUGUUCGUUGAUGUCAUGGCAAAAAUGAGAAGUGUUUGUCAAUAUGAUUGAUUCAAGUUACAGAGAUUCAUGACUGCAUACAUCUGGGGCAUGCAGCAAGUGUCAGACAGAUUUUUCUCUAUGUGUCCAAUAUCAUCCCUAUUUAGUCCUACAAAAUUGAAAAUCUUGAGUUGUUCAACUAUUUCCUUUUUCAGGUUAAAUAGUAAUGAAAAGCUAAAAUCAAGGAUAUGGACUAACUAAAGUUUGAGAAGUGCAUUAUUGUCUUGUAAAGGUUAAUUUUUCUGGCGAAAGUGAAAGAAGCCACUAAUUGUCAAAUUUACUUUUUAUUAGAGAUGCUUAAAAUGCUUUACUAAUCAUUAGUGAACAGAACUUGAAACAGCUUUUUCCUUUCAGCUGCCUGUUUUGGCAUUGGAGGUUAGGCACAAUUUCAAACAGUUGCAAUUUUAAUAUAUUGUACCUUAAAAUUUAUUUGCUGCUUAUUUACAGUUAUCUUUUCAAAUAUUACAUGCUGCAUGUAAUUACUGUUCAGUUUUUUUAUAGGAUUUUUUAGCUGUAUGGUGGAGAUAACUUAAUUCACUUAAAAUCCUCAGCAGAUUAUGCUUCCUCAGGAGAAGUAUUACAUCUACAAAAAUUGUUUAAUGAUAGUAUUUUGCUUCUGUGGUAAGUAGACAGAUUUCUGCGUGACAGAGGUCUGUGAUGUGGUCUUUGUAGGAUAUUUGGGACGAUGCAUUCAGAUGAGUAAUCUAUACAAGAUUACUGGUUAAAACAUUUUAAACUCAAGUGUCCCGAAUGGAGAAAAGGAGUCAUACCAAAAUUAUUGUAUUCCUUCACCUGAGCAUCCCACAGCUCAUUURAUGAGGUGUAGUAAACUUAGUAGCUCUAUUUAGGCUAUGUGACCUUAUCUGAGAGAAAAAUGCUGUAUCAGUCAUUGCAAAACUCAUUCUCUUUAGACUAUCUAGAGCAGAAGCUUGAUUUGGAAGUAGUGAGCCCUUUUACUCUCUAAGAGCAAGCUGCUCUAGUUACAGGUUAACAAUUAGCAUUAUGUGGAUCACUGAUGUUCUGAUACRGCAUUGUAUGUUGGUUUUCCCCUCCCCUUUCCCUUUGUUGUUACUGUAAAGAAAACUUAUGCUGUAAAGCAAAAUCACUUGAUAGGAUCAAAAUCAACAGAAAUAUAAUUUUGCCARUAUUAGGUUUAUAAUGAUAAAAUUUUAGCAUAAGCAAUGUCAAAGGAUAUUAUGCCUCAGGGUAUUUUAAUCAAAGGUGCAUUAUAUUUUUAAAACCAUGUGGAAUACUUCAAGGUCUUCAUAAACUUUCACACUUGCAUGUCUGUUCUCUUCUUACCUGGUGUUGCUGCACUGCAUUGAGUGCAUUUUGAAAUAUGAACUGGGAUUAAGAGUUGGAGAGCCUUGAAUACUUUCCAUGAAUGCUCAGAAUAGUUUCACAAAGCUGAAGUUUUUGGCAGCUUAAGGGAUUUCCUCCCAGCACUGAUCAUUCCCAUCUGUCUGUGUUAUCAACUGUGUUUUGUAACUGAUGUGACUAAAAUAUACUCUUCUGAAAAUAAAUAGCGAGGGGUAUUGGCUGUAUUUUUUGGGGUGGUCUUGGUUUUGUUUUUUUUCUCAUUCUCAUUAGCUCUGUGAUCAGGUAAUGGCAUUGCAUCCAAAUGUUUGUGCCUGAACUUUCAUUUGGGAUAGCCUGCUGUGCUGUCUGUCAGCAAGUAACUGCAUCAGUAGAGAGAAUGAAUCACGUUAGUGUUUUACUGCUGAAGGAUGUCUUUAUCUGAGUCCACAGUGAGUUAGAAGUGAAGAAGUUCCCAUGCGAAGUCCCAAUGUACAUAUUAAUGAAAAUUUGUUUAAUUCAUUGUUGAAAUGAUGGAGUGAAUGGRUAAUUGUAUGUCUGAGAAAAGCAUGGGAAAUAGGAUUAAAGGAAAUCUAAAUCUUCAGUUUGUAAUUAUGUCAGUUUUCAAGAGUUGAAAUAGCUCUG